UAUAAUUAUUUAUUUACUAUUAUUACCGAUUUGGCGAAGCCAAAUACCGCCGAGACCGUUUACCUAUCAAUUUAAUGUAAUAAUAAUAUUUUGAAGGCGCGCGCCUGACGAUCCCUGCAGGCGUGGUCCCCCCCGACUGUUAGAUCGAUUCCGACAGCGUCCGCGGUCCUGCCGCUGCCGGAACAACGGAACGCCGUCCGUCCGUCUGUCGUGCGGUCCACGUCUGCCGCGCGAUCGACACACAUCRCGAAUAUGUACCACACGCAACGCGCGCGCGACGUCGGUCUGUCGCGUCCGACUACCACACGGCACACGCUAGCCUCCCUCCCACUCCGGCUGUUGUGGUCCGCGUGAGUCACGUUUUUCCGAACGUUUCGUCCGCGCCGCGAGUGACGGACAAUCAAUAACGUUAUCACCAGCAGUACUACACUUACACUACUACACACAGCUCGCGCCCGCACACACACAUGCACGUACAUACGCUCGCGCGCCCGUAAACAAGCAGUACACGCAAACAUACAUACACGCACGUUCUAGUCUCGCGUACACGCGUAUGCCGUGCUCGCUGGUCGUUUCACUGUUGUACAUCGGUGCUGGCGGUACGACUGUCGCUCGACCCGACGGCCACGAACGAGACGACGGCGGCGUCUGCUGCUCCGAUUUCUGCCCGCCACCGCCACCGGGCUGGACUCGCCGUGCCAGUUGUCAACAUUAGUGCCAUCGGCCGGGACCGUCGACGCACCGUGCAACCGCCGUUUCGUCAUUAGAAAUUUAAUGUCGGCAAAAUAUAAAUCCAUCUGUUUCGGAAGAUUUCAGAAACGGUGGGACCCGUAUUUUGAAAAGCUAUGAUAGGCUUGAAACUGGACAAUGAUGAUUUAUCUAAGAUUUUCCCUAAGUGUCGCCCAUCUACUGUACGAUCUACAGACUUAAAUUUAAAUCCCCUCUGUGACGACGACACAGACCAUGAUAUGGAUUUGACUCAGUCAAAUGAACGUCAAAGAAAUAGAUGUGAUAACAUACGUGGAAAUGGUACUAGAAAACGUAGCAUCCGUGGAAUAAGAAAAUUUCGAACUCGCAGAAGAAGUGAUAGUGAUGCUAGUCAAGAUUCAUCAUUAGAAACUAGUAUUGAAGACGAUGAAGAAGAAAUUAAUGAAAACAUGGAUGAAGAUGAUGAUGAUGAAUCUGAUAUCAAGAAUGCAUCCAGUGAAUCUGGAGGCAUGUGUAAUGUAGACAUUGGGGCUGCCAACCGAACAAGAAACUCAAAUAAAAUCAAUCAACAAUCUACAUAUAAAUUGAGAGAUUCAAGAAUAAUUGAAAUUGCUGGAGGUCGAGAAGUCUAUAGUCAAAGUCGAAGUAAACCUGGGCGAAAAACUCGUCAGUUACCUCUGCCUACAGAAGUUGAUUGGAUCAAAUCACCUGGCCGGGUAUGGGAACUUCGCAAUAAGGGACUUGAUGUUUCUAGUACUGAAUCUUCACGAGAGAUUUCGGAAGUAGUAUUUCCUACUGAUGUAAARCCAACCAAACAUCAACGACCAUUAUCCUUAGAAUUAGAUGMUCCAGUUUUGUUUGAUGAUAUACAUAAUGAUAUGUGGGAUAAAGUUCAACACGAUGGUUCAAUUGGGCAUUAUGGAUUACAUCAUCAUAAAAAUACRUACCAAAUAAUUGAUUCUUGUCAACAUCAUUUAAAUUAUAAAACUAGUCAAAAUGGCGAUAUAAAUAUGAUUGCUAAUAGUAAUCGAUCAGAAAUAUCAAGCACUGAAAACACUGAUGGAUUAAUUAGGUCUCAAUGUGAAAUUCAGGCAAAUGAUUUUAAUGGAUCACCAAAACAAUACAGGGAGGAAGAACAAUCAAUGCCUUCUUUAUUAUCAUCUCCUACACUUUAUAUGCCUCGACCAGGAUUUCCUCAAAGAGUGAUUCAAGAUGAUUCUAGGUCUUCCAGUCCAUCUCCAACUAUGAAUUUCGAUUAUUUGUAUGAAUUUUCAGAGACWAGAAAAGUUUUAGAAGAAUUCUUUAAAUCAGGAGCUGAAAAUCAGGAUACUCAACAGUUACAAUUCCAGGAUUUGGAGUAUGAGUUACGAAGAAGAAUACCAGUUUCUGAACAAAGUAAUACAUAUGUUGGCAUGCAUCUAUCAAAUGAAGAUGUCCAYAAAAAUUCACAGUUAUCCCCACAUAAACAUGAUUCAUCAUCAGAUGGUUCUCGAUGUUUAGCUGGAGUUCAUCAAAGUUGUGUUGGAAGAUAUAGUCGUAAUGUUACUUUAUCACCUGAAGUAACAGACUGUGAAGAUGCUGGUAUUGGUAGUGAUGGUGAAUCAUCUUCUAUGGUAGAUGGUCAACACUUAAUUCCAUUAUGUGGUGUAACAUGUAUCACCAUGCCAGUGUUAGAAGAUGGAUUGUCUAGUGGUCACACCAGUGAUACUGAUAAUAAUAAUCCAACUGUAUUAUUAAUGAAAAGACAAAUUAGUGAGAUUGAAAGAGAAAUAAUAGAACGUACAAAUAGGGCCAGUAAAUGUGAUAGCAUUGAUGCAAAUGCAAGUGAGGUACAUUCCAAUAACCAAGAAACUGGAAUUCAGUUAUUGGAUUCACUAGUGAGACCCGAUGAGAGUAGAACUCCACCUCCACCAGCACCAACAGCACAUCGUAGUGGCAAUGAAUCUGCUGAUUUAGUUGAAGCUGCUAUUCAUGAAAUAAGAUCUAGUCUUAGACAAACAAAAACCUUAAAAACUACUAAUGUGGAUGAUGAUAUAAUAUCUCCAGGUUGCAGCCCUAGUAAAGAUAGUACAAAUUCAAAUACUGCAAAAACUGAAGACUUACCGAUUUGGGUACCUAGGCAUAGAGGAACUGGAUCUGGACCUAGCGGCGACGAAGAAGAAGCUGAUACAGACUUAGAAACUGAUAGACUUUUAGGACAACAAAGAACUGAUGACACUGGAUUCUUCGAUGAAAAAUCUGACUGGAAGAAGUCAAAAACACGGUCUAUGUUACCGUUUAAUUUGACGUCGUCAUCAAGCAAUACGUCCUCACAUCCUGCACCCGUAGAACCGGCUGCUAUAAUUGAAAAACCAUUCAUCGUAGCCCAAACCCUUAACCCUACCAAAAAGGUUUGCCUAUGUGCUUUUGUGUUCAAUUUUAGAGAUUUUAAUAGAAUACCUCAACACCAAACAGUUAUGAUUCAUGAACCUGCAGUACUAAUCGAAGGUGUUUUAUUCCGAGCGCGCUACUUGGGUUCUACGCAGUUGGCUUGUGAAGGACAACCAACMAAAAGUACUAGGAUGAUGCAAGCCGAAGAAGCUGUGUCUAGAAUAAAAGCUUUGGCUCCUGAUGGCGAGACUCAGCCAAGUACAGAAGUGGAUCUUUUUAUAUCAACUGAAAAAAUAAUGGUUCUCAAUACUGACUUGAAAGAAAUCAUGAUGGACCAUGCCCUCAGGACCAUUUCUUAUAUAGCUGAUAUUGGUGAACUAGUUGUAUUAAUGGCCCGAAGACGUUGUUUCCUUACGCACCAACCAUCUGAAUCCACCACGGAUAAUGCAUUAGUGACUUCAAGUGUAAACGGCAUUGACAAAACUGCCAACAACAGAACUCCUAAAAUGAUAUGCCACGUUUUUGAAAGCGAUGAAGCACARUUUAUCGCUCAAUCUAUUGGCCAGGCCUUCCAAGUGGCAUAUAUGGAGUUCUUAAAAGCAAACGGUAUUGAGGACCAUAGUUUUGUCAAAGAAAUGGAUUACCAAGAAGUGUUAAAUUCACAAGAAAUAUUUGGAGAUGAAUUACAAAUGUUUGCAAAAAAAGAGUUGCAAAAAGAAGUUGUAGUGCCAAAAUCUAAAGGUGAAAUACUCGGUGUUGUGAUUGUUGAGUCGGGUUGGGGUUCCAUGUUACCUACUGUUGUGAUAGCCAACUUAGCUCCAGCUGGAGCAGCUGCACGCUGUGGCCAGUUAAAUAUUGGUGAUCAAAUCAUUGCUAUUAAUGGUGUAUCAUUAGUUGGCCUGCCAUUAUCCACUUGUCAAAAYUAUAUUAAGAAUUCUAAACCUCAAACAGUAAUCAAAUUAACUGUUGUUCCAUGUGCCCCUGUGGUUGAAGUGAAAAUAAAAAGACCAGACACAAAAUAUCAGCUYGGUUUUAGUGUACAAAAUGGUGUGAUAUGCAGUUUACUUCGUGGUGGAAUUGCAGAACGUGGUGGCGUACGAGUUGGCCAUAGAAUUAUUGAAAUAAACAAUCAAAGUGUGGUAGCUGUGCCACAUGAAAAAAUUGUCAACCUGCUGGCAACYUCAGUUGGAGAAAUUUUGAUGAAAACAAUGCCGACAUCAAUGUUUCGUCUUCUUACUGGUCAAGAAACACCUGUAUUCAUCUAGUCUUAAAACAUGAAUAGUCUAUACAAUGAAUGUAAACAUAAUUUGCCAUUAUGAGUUAAAAGUCAAGAGGAAAAGAGUAUUUGUGGGAUUUUGGCAAUAUUUUUCAACAAAAUAUGUUGUACACAUUAGGUUUUGUAUUUCUCUGAACAAUCGUUACACUACCUGGUCAGUUUGUUGACCAGUAAAAAAGGAUUCUUGCACUCAACUUGCAGGUAUUUUUUCCUCCCAUUUCCUUUUUUAAAAUAAAUAUUAUCAAGGAUCUU